GCCCUUCUUGGGCUCUCAGGGCCGCAGGCCCCUCUGCAGCGGCACCCACGCGCGCGGAGCCCUGCCCAGUGCGCCCCCCCCCCACCCUGCGGCGGGGAGAUGUCGCAGGGGCUGCUGCUGCUGAGGUUCGGCUCCCGGUUCGGAGGUGGCGCGCCCGCCCGCGUGGGCGCUGCCAGGGCCGCGGCCACCUACAGCAAGGCGCGCUGUGCUACGGGCUGCGGGCGCGGGGCGAAGUGGGGGCGGUUGCUGGGUGUCAGGUGCCCUCCCGCGCCUUUUGGCCACCACGCGGCUCGGCAGGCGUCGGCCGACGCGGGGGCUGCCCAAGAGGCCAGCUGGUCGUAUGUGCGUUUUGCCAAGACGUUCCCAUUCACUAACAACGUCAUCAUCGCCACGCUGAAGACUUCGGCGGCGGACCUCGUUGCACAGUGCGCGAUCGAGCGCAAGCCACUCGCGGAGGUCGACUGGAAACGGAACCUUGUUUUCUGCUUGUUCGGAGCGGCGUACCUCGGUGCCUACCAGUAUUGGUACCAGGUGAACGUAUUCAGGAGGCUGUUUCCCAGCGUCGAGGUGUUUACCAGCCAGCCCUGGCUCGCAAAGCUGAAGGACGUCCCUGGCCUGGCGGCCCUGGGAGCACAAACGUUCCUCGACGUUGGCAUGUUGAGCUUCGUUUACCUGCCGACAUUUUACGUGUUCAAAGGGUUUGUGUUCGGCAAGACUUGGGACCCGCAGGAUUGGGUGAAGGACGGCAUUGGCAACUACACGAACAACUUCACCAAGGACGCCUACGACGUCGUGCGGGUGUGGGGCCCCGCGGACCUCGUGUGUUUCUCGGUCCCGCUCUGGCUGCGGCUACCCGUGCGCCACGUCGUAUCCUUCGUCUGGACGGCCUAUUUGUCCUUCAUGCGCGGCUCGAAGUGA